GUCAUUCAGGGCACUUUCCAUUCGGUGUUCUUCUCAGUGGAGCUGCUUCUGGGGACUCGAUGGCCCGUCCUGGCAGCCUUGGAUGCCCUGAGGAUCCCCGAGUAUCACGACGAUCCGGAUCUGAGCUGCGAGGGCUCUCAGGCGACCGUGAUGGACUGGCCACGUUUGCGGCGGGCCUUUCGACCUGAAGCUGACUGGUACCACGAGGCCAAGUAUUUGGUUUACAGCCGCAGCUUCCAGGCAAAUUGGCUGGCCAGCAUGGAGGAAUGCGCCUACGGCUUUGCCAUGGUAUCGCUGUACAAGCUUGUCAUCUGUGCAGAGACGCAGGCGGAGUGCGUCAACCAGUAUGCGGUGCUCAUCGACAACCUCUUCCGAGCCUGUUUCUGA